GAGAGUCCUCGCUCGGGUGAAGGGCAAAGGACGCACGGCACCGUGCACACGAGAGCAAGAUUCGACUAUAAAGAGGAAGAGAACAUCUCCUCUCAUGAAGUGUAUCUCUGUUUUCGAGCAUCUCACUUCGAGACAGAUUCACAGAGCACCACCCUGGCUGAACUACCUCCAAAGACUCAUCUUUUCCCUCCAUUUCCCCAGUUUCCUCCAACCAAUUCCAUCGCAACCAAUCCAAACAUGUCUUCUCCAACCAAGACCACCCCAGCGGCCGUUGAGAAGACCGGACCUCAGGCGCCUCUGAACAGUGGUCCUCUGAACAGUGCUCCUCGCUUCGGUGAGGAGCCUCGGGAUUCCAAGUUGGUUCCGCAGGUUCCGAACCAUCUCCCCAUGCCUGGUCUCUCUGGCCAUGCCAAUAGCUCCGUUGGUAACCUCCUCAAGGGACCAGUCGAUCACGAAGGCAACCUUAAGGAUGCGUCACUUACGGUUGGAAUUAAACUUGACCUCGAGGCCGAAGUCCACCUCACGGCCAGAGUCAGGGGCGAUAUCCUUGUUGGCCUUUAUUAACGGGUCCAAGCGGCGAGACCUGUUGGUUUCGGAUGAUGUUCAUCUCGGAAUAUGGUCUACAUGUCAUGGCUUCUUAGCAAGGAUCGGAGAGACUGCAAUAGCUUUUCUUACUUUAACUUGGGAUAUUUGUGUAUUGGGCCCUGCAGGCUUCGCUCUUGGCUCGAUCACUUUGUCCCUGGCUACGCUCAUUUAAUCUAGCAAAUAUACGUACUGUUGCAGCUC